AUGGCCGGUGAUAUUGGGGAACAGGGCAGCUGCACAACAUGCGCAUACACUGAAGACUUUUCCAACUACUGGACCGCGGCGAUGUACUUCAAACACCAAAACGGCUCAUACAAACGCGUCCCAAUCUAUCCAAACGCUCAGCUAGGAUUCGAUGGUCAAGACGCGGACCACAUCAAGGGAGGUAUGACGGUAUACUACACCCAGAAAGACUUCGAAAGCUCAGACCUCGACAAUCCCGUGAGAGCCUUUCCGCCGGGCUUCCGCAUGACCGUUGGUAACCCGUCAACAAACACACUCAACGGCACAAAGAAGGGCCUGGCAUAUACGUGCUUGCAAACCAUCCUCACUAGAGGUUAUGAGACUCCUGACUUCCCGAAAGAGCCCUGCCCUGCAGGUAUCAUGGCGAUCCAGGUAAGCAAUGAUCCUUAG